CAAGCACUUAUAAUAUUAUUUUUAAAGUCCAAGGUUUGGAGGAGGAAGUUGGUGCUAACAAAUACUUUACGGACGUUUUAAACUCAUUCCCCCCAAGAAGAUGAACAAUAUAGUUCGCAUACAACCAUUGCAGUAUAUCCAUGUGCAAGAUUUGAAUACCAAUAUUACGGUUGUGGAGGUUGGACCCAAAAGCUUGAUUCUUCAAGAUAACCAUGUACUUGUGUCAGAUCCAUGUCCUUUUAUCGUAGUCCCUCCUGGUCACUAUUGCACCAUUGAAAAUCCUGUCAAGAAGCCAUACGAGCCUGGUCAACAAUGUGAUUUACAGCAYGGAUACAGAGAAAUUAGGUUCCAUAAGGAACCAUUUCCUCUUUAUCCUGGCGAAGUAAUGGUUGGUGUUCGAGAUCCAAAAGCAUACCAAAGAGGGAUUAAGAAAUUGCCAGUCAUAGGACCAAACCARGCAAUAAGGCUAGAAGCAAYGAUYGAUCACAAAGAUGGCGACAUAGACMGACUAGCAGGAGACAUGUGGCAACUAGAUGGACCAAUAACCUAUUACCCAACUCCUUUUGCYGAAAUACAAAGCACUAUCAAUGCCAACAUCAUUCAUCCUGGACAGGCACUAAAUCUAUCAGCCAUGCAAGAUCUUGUUGACAAGAAAGGAAAGAAACGUGUUACUGGGGAAGAGUGGCUGGUCAGAGAACCCGGAGCAUACCUUCCUGGAAUCUAUGAAGAGGUUAAAGGUUUAGCAAAAGCACAUACAUUAACACAAGGUGUGGCAUUACACAUGAGAGCAAAGACCACCUGCAUUGAUGCACUGGGAAARAAAAGGUAUGCUGGGGAUGAAUGGCUAGUUACCAUAGAUGAUGUGGAAUCAUAUAUACCAGAAGUUUCUGAGGAACUUGUAAAAGAAGUUGAUAUGGCUGUUUUAUCUAAGGAUGAGUAUUGUGUUGUACUGGACCCCAUUGACAGCAAGGGGAGAAACCAACUGGGAAUAAGAGAACUGCGGAAAGGUGUUGCCAGCUUCUUUCUACACCCUGGAGAGAGAUUACAGAGUGGAAUUCAGAAGGCACACCUGCUUGAAGCUGAUGAAGCUUUAGUCUUAUCUGCUACUGAUAAGUUUGUUGAUGACUCUCUCUCAAAAAAGGUUGAGAGGCAUCCAGGUGAUCGAUGGAUGAUUCUGGGACCAGUAUCUUAUAUUCCACCCAUUCAAGUGAAAGUGGUUACUAAAAGGAAGGCAAUACCUCUAAAUGAAAAUGAAGGCUUAUAUGUGAGAGACAUAAGAAGUGGUGAGGUUCGCUCUGUCAUGGGACCUCAGUCUUACCUCCUCAAUGCCUAUGAAGAACUCUGGUCCAAGGAGCUGCCAGAUAAUGUAGAACUUAUCCUCAAGAAGGGAGGUGGCCAUGGAACAGAGGACAUCAGAAAAAUGGCCUACUUUGACUCUUCGGUCGAUCCAAAUCUGAUGAGUGCACAGGGUAGAGACAAGACGCGUGUUAUCGUCUAUCGUUGUCCUGGAAACACAGCAGUACAGGUGAAUGAUCACAAAAAAGCAACUGCAAGAGUAAUCUUUGGACCUGACUUGGUUAUUCUUGGCCCCCAUGAAAAUUUCAACGUCCUCAGCUUGAGUGCUGGUAAGCCAAAGAAACCCAAYGCCUUACAGACCAUCUGUUUGCUGCUUGGACCAGACUUCAUCACAGACGUAUUCGAGGUGGAGACAUCGGAUCAUGCGCGCCUGAUGAUAAAGAUCGCUAUAAAUAACUAUUUCGAUGUCGACCGUACAGAUCCCGAGUCUGUUCAAGCYAUUUUCGCUGUUCCGGACUUCAUUGGUUUCGUUUGCAAGAAUGUYGCGAGUCGUAUUCGUGGUAGCGUAGCUCAAGUCCCCUUUGACGAGUUCCAUCGAUAUUCUGUCAGGAUCAUCAAGAAGGCAGUUUUCGGCGAAGACGAGAAAGGAGACAUCAAGACAAAACUGAGCUUUGAUGCCAAUAACCUAGUGAUSACUAACGUUGAUAUCCAAAGUAUUGAACCAGUUGAUCCAAACAUGAGAGAGAGUUUGAGCAAAUCUGUGCAGAUGGCCAUCGAAAUCUCUACAAAGUCCAUCGAAAUGUCAGCUGCUCACGAGGCCAAACGAACCGAACAGAUUGCUAAAGGACAGCUAGAAAGACAGAAGUUAAUYAAUGAGAAGGAAGCCGAAGAAGCUCGUAAGAAGCUUUACGAACUCCAAGCUGUUACAGCAGCUGUAGAAUCAUCGGGACACACAAAAGCUGAGGCUCGAGCUAAGGCAGAGAAGUCGUUGAUCGAGGGAGAGAGUGCCAUUGAACUUGCAAAGCUGCGAGCGGAGGCUAACGAGAUCAAACUAACUGCCGAGCUACAUGCUGAUCGAGUUAAACGGGAAGGUGAACUCGAUUUUAUCAGACAACAAAACCAACUAAAAGUGGAAAAGGCRAAAAAGCUUGCAUCGAUCCAGGUGGAAAAGUUCUCAGCUAUGGUGAAAUCUAUCGGACCAAAGACAAUAACGAACAUAGCAGAGUCUGAUCCAAAAUCUCAGAUCAGUCUGCUGCACGGCUUGGGCGUGGAAAAUGUUCUCAUCACUGAUGGCGUCACGCCUUUGAACCUAUUCCAGUCGUCUCAAGGUUUUGUUCACAAUGCUACUAGUCGCUAAUUCAGUACCGUAUUUAUUAGGUAAUAUACUCCCACUGUCUAACUGCCAGUUAUUGGUAUAGAGUCUUAUGCUUUUAUACGAUCCUCUGAUCCAUUCAAUUCCAAACUGAGAUGCAUGUUGAGUCUUUUUAUCUAGGGGCAMUUGGAUGAAAACGCCCCGAUUUUUGAAAGUCCGAAUAAUUGAAGUAUUUGAGGAUAAUAUGACUCAAUUAUAAUUAUGAAAAUAUGAUUAGUGAAAAUUUUAGCCUGGAAGCCACUUGCUAUUGA